AUGAAAUGUUACCUACUCUUGGCUCUUUUUACAUGUCUGGAUUGUUUUUCUGCAAAUAACCAGUGCGGAUUAAGUAGCAUGGGAGGUAUGGCUCGUAAGAAUUCACGUUUUCAGGAUAUGAUGUAGUCAGCCCUCCAUAUCUGUUAUCUACUGUGCGAAAAAAAAGAGUUAACUUCCACGAAAACAGAAUUAUGAAAAACAGAAGAUAGUAACCACUGUUAGCUCUUUUGAGUACCACACACCAUCCAAGAUCAUUAUAUUUCGGCUGCAAUUACACCUGAAGUCUUUCUAGGAGUGAUUUUCCCCUGGAAUAAAUUAUUUAAUCUCUUCACAAUAUAAUUGUUUGACAUCAACCCUCACGUUUUGUGAGUAAAAGAGUAUUAGUUUUGACCAUCUCUCCUAAAAGAAAAAAGGUCGAAAGAAAUCACCUUUUUGGAGAUGUAAAUGCCGUACAAAAGGCUUUCGCGAUGAAGACAAUUUGACUGAAUUACUACCCAUAAUAUGGAAAGGUUUGCCACCUGUUCAUGCUUUUUUGACAUAGCUGAUUAUAUUUCUCAUUGGUUUCCUUAUUCCUUCUUCCCCCCUCAGAUAAUUGUCGAGUGAUUGAAUUCAAAGAAGGAACAAAAAAUAAGAUCUUAACAAAUCACGUCAUUAGGGGAGAUCAUCUGCCAGACAAAGACAUUUGUGAAUUGAGAUGCUAUCUUGAACCAAACUGCGUGUCCUACAACUAUGGUCCACUGUCAGAUGGAACAUUCACAUGUGAACUGAAUGACAGGACCCACUUACAAGUCCCCGACUCCCUUGAAGACAAAAGUGGAUUUGUAUACACAGAAAUUUUUGUAAGUACGGCCUGGUAACAUGCAGUUUUAAUUUACAAAGGUGAUCAAUUUACGAACAAAAAAAACUCGGAUAUAGUGUUGUUCCCUUUGAUUUUAUUUAUUUAUCUAUUCAUCAUUUUAAAAUUGAUUUAUUGUAGAAAUUGAUCUAUUUUCUUCUUAUCUUUUCAGAAUCCUUGUGAGAGCAUUCCAUGUGCCAAUCACGCCACAUGUCAAGCGGGGUUUGGUAACCAUGGAUACCGCUGUAUUUGUCCUGCUGGAUAUCGAGGAGUUCAGUGUGAAACAGGUGAGGAAAAAAACAUCUAACGAUAAAAAGAUGAGUUCAGACAGUUCAAUAUUUAAUUUAGUUUACAAUAAAGUUAACCAGCUAUAAUUGCCAAAAAAUUAUGCGUGCAAUAUUAAGAUGGAGAAAAGACAGGAGAACAGGCGUAAGAAUCCUGACUAAAAAGAUGUGAAAAGGACAGCCAGGAAGAGGAACAGAAAGAAAAGUACAGAGAUACACAAGGCCACUUUCAUAGAGUUGGAAGAAAUGUCUUAUAGUGGAGAGUUUUUAGCUUUGGUUUUUUUUUCUUAAAUUCUGUGAAGAUGUUGAUGAAUGCCUAUUAGGAAAACACGAUUUUCCUGCUGAGCGCGAAUGUGUCAAUAAUUUGGGUUCAUAUCAGUGCUCACAUUGUCGACCUGGAUAAAUUGACUAUGGAGAGACUAGAGCAAAUUGACGAUGGAGAGACAAGAGUUACCGCUGUAUUUGUUCUGAUGGAUAUGAAGGAGAGCUUUGCCAAAUAGGUGAGAAAGGAAACUCCUUGCGAUAGCAGGUCUUCAUCUCCCAGGUGCACAGUUAAUGUUACCCAAUAAAGCUGCAAAUAAAGUAGCCUCUCAGCAAGGAGAGUUUAUAUCCUCAUCUGUCUAAUCAAUACAGCCUUGAUAACUGCAUUAAAGGAUCUCUCCGUCAUAGAGCAAGGGGCAAGUUAGAUUUGUUCAGUAUGUGCUCUCUCAAUUGAAUGCUAGAAGUUGUCAGAAGGAUUGAAACUCCAAGGUUGUGACAACUGGAGAAGUCGUGAUAAGAUGUUCUUCUGCCGCAUUAACCGAGGGGCGAUACAAAGUAUUACUGUCGUGAUGUGAUAAAUCCUAGAUAAUGGAGCCUACAGAAAAACGAGAAAGUAAGAGAAUAUCGGAAUAAGAAUGGGUGAUAUGAAGGGAAAAGUGCCUCAUGUUGUCAAUUGUAGAUAUUUGAUGCAAGGGCAAGAACAGAAAUGAAACGAAUAAAAGUAUAAGUUUCGUGCUGAAAGCAAAUAUUUGAAAUUUUGCAAAAACUGACAGAAAUAAUUGAUUAAUACGAUGGAGGUGCACUUUAGAUGAAUAAGAUCUAUGUCAAAAUAAGGAACAUUAUGGUUUUUUCAUCUUCCUUUAAUCUUGAAUAGAUAUUGACGAAUGCGUCUUAGGCAAGGAGAAGUGUUCCUCUGAUGGCAGUUGUGUUAAUGUUAUGAGCUCAUACGUCUUAGUUUUCCGUCUCGUGUAACUCGUGUGUAGAUAUUGAUGCGUGUACAUCAAGCAAACACGAUUGUUCCUCUGAAGGCGACUGUGUUAAUGUCGUGGGUUCAUAUCAGUGUUCUUGCAAGCCUGGAUUUACUGGCAAUGGUAAAAUUUGCCAAGGGAAGAUUUAUUUUAUAUAAAAGUGCAAAGCUAUUGAUUACUCUCUUCACUAGUCUUGCAAGUCAGAAAUAACUGAUGCGUUUCGCAAGGUCAAUUGUCCUUAAAAUCACUGCUAAAAAAGGGUCAGUCUUUACAUUUUUAUGUAACAGAGAAGGCUGCCUUCACAUCAUAAUCAGCAAAGUUGCUUUUUUAAGGAUAUUUAAAAUAUACAGAACGAUGCCGAACUUCUGGCAAACCUGUGACUUCACGACCUCAGCACGUUACACUUUUUUAGUAGACUCUGGGAAACGCAAAAACAACCCCACCUAUUCUGAUAAUUUCCCUACACCUUGAUUAGUCUUAUAUUCAAUUACUACUUAGAUAUCGAUGAGUGUAACGAUGGAAGCCAUGACUGUCACUUUGCGGCCGAUUGUAAAAACACCGCUGGAUCAUUCGACUGCAGCUGUCAGUCUGGACACCUUGGAGAUGGACGGCACUUUUGCUCAGGUAUAUCUUGAUCUUUAACCCAAAACAAACAAAUGUGAGUGAGUAGAGUGGUUUGAACAUAACCAAAGUUAUUCUUUUAUUACUUUCCUAAAACAAAUCACUGAAUUUAUUUUGCGUUACCAUUUCUAAGACACGAAAACCUAAGGCUUUCUUUGAAACCUGACAAACUAUUUAACAGAUUACUGGAAAAAGGUCAACGGGGUAUCCUUGUAAGAUAUUGUCGAUACAAUUGUUUCCUUGGCAUUGUGGUAUUUCAUCUUUUUUUCCCUUUUUUUCGAGGCAGGACAUCAGUCUCUUUCAUGACACCAAGGUGAUAUAGUUGAGUUAAGAUGAGAAAAAAUGGUCACCCUUGAGGUAAACAAACGUCAGGUGCAAAGGGUUUAAGUUAGGGUUUGGUGGUAUUUAGUGGUUUUUUGGAAUUUUUUUUUUCGCUUUUUACGAGGCAAGAAAUCAGCCUUUUUCAUGACACCAAGGCGAUAUAGUUGAGUUAAGACGAGAAAAAAUUUUACUCUUGAGGUAAACAAACGUCAGGUGCAAACUUGAGCCUUGUAAGUGUACACCAACCUAAUCUACAUUGAGAAUUUUCUAUGUGAUUGACAUCAAGUGGAUUCACUUUAAUUAUAUUCAAUUUUACCCUCCUUCUUAUUUGAAUUUGGUUAUUUAGAGGCGUAGGUGUUCAAGUUUGGGUUUAUCACUUGAAAUAUUUUAGCUUAAAAAAGGGUUGAUGGUCUUUUCAAUUUUCAUUUCCACAAAAAUAAAUCUAUCAUUAUUCAGCAUGUUCUUUGUUUCAAGUAUUUCCUUAAGCUUUCAUCUUGUUGUAAAAUAUUUUUUUUUUAAUGGGAAUAAAUGUGCAUGCCUUCUCGCACGUCUUUGUCAUGGAGUUUUUUGAAGCGGUUCAACCUUUUUUAAUUUUGAUCGUUUAAUAAAUUAAUCUGCAAUUGAACGCACUCGACAGAUUUUCAAUUUCAUUUAAUGCAAACAUCAAAUUGGUAACACUGAAAAACGUCUUGCGUAAGGCAAUCUUCGGCAAACGGUUAAUUAGUUAUUUCCAAAGGCUAACAUCACGCAUUCAAGUGAUUUUUUUUUCUCCUACAGUUUGUUUCUAAUUCUUAAGACGCAAUGUUUUGUUUUCAAAUUAAGUUAAGCCAUGGGAAUAUUCAAAUCAUGUAUUCGUAAAUGGUAAAAAAUAAAAUUCUAUAACUUCUAAGGGUGCUGGUCUCACAACUGCCUCUUACAUUAAUAAUUACUUUCCUCUUUUUUGAUUCUGCAAUUCGCUCUAUUAUUUUGAGUGUUGAAAUAAUAAGUCUGGUUGCAUUUACAAGAGAGACCAGCGUUUCAUUAAGCUCGCUAUAGCUAGCUGAAGGGUGUUCUCACUAAGGACAAUAUGGUACUGCUCUCACCUGCCGUUAGUGAUCGCUCAGUGAGUAAGGUCCAAGCUUUUCUAUGGAUUUUACGUUUUGGUGUGCUGGUGCAUGAAGGUAAGUGACUCAUGCCAAAAGCCGACAUCGCCGACAUUUCCAUCUAUUAUCACUGUUGUAUUCCUGAUCAGAUUCAUAUCCUUGUGUUAAUGGUACAAAAGGAAGAAGAAAUUAAGUGUGUGAAAAGAGAAAACUCAUUAAGUUAACUUUAAAUCUAUUCCGAGUGAUAAUGUGAAAUUUCGAAUUCUCAAAGUAAAUAUGGCAGAAAUGGGAUAUUACACGAUAGCACGUUAUUGCAAAACUACCCUGUUUACAAUGCCGUGAUCUUAGUUGGGCUUGAAGGAAACGUGAACGUGGAAAGAAUAUCUGUUAGUAAAGUUAUUGCGGAUUCACGGCGACAUUUGUCCCCUCAUGGUAUGUCCACAAUUUUUGAGUUGCUGAUGUUCAAUAAUAAAUAGAAUAGAAAAGAGACACUGAUGAAGACCUUGAAAGCUAAAGGAGUAAUAGCAUAGAUUUGCUAUCGUAAUAAAUUUCUAAAGUUGACGUUCCAGAGCGAAGCGCUAAAGGUUAUUGAGUUCUACCCCCACCGAUGCAGCGUUACAGUUUCCUUAGAAACCUACCCCCUUAUUUGAAAACCAAAUCCUAUUUAAAAUCUCAAUCAGUGAACAUCAAUCUUGUUCUUCAGUGUAAUGGGUAAAUAAAAAAAUGAUUGUUCGAAAAAGCAACUUCUCUGGUGGAAUGAAUAUGAUUACUGGAUAAUUCAAGUUUGCAGGCUAUUUAGCUAAGUCACUCACCUAAAGAAAAGAGAGGAAAGGCUUAUCACCCGCCAUUCUUUCGAGAAUGAAAGAGCAUAGCAAAUAUUCGUUUUUUCUUUUUAGUCGAGCGGCAAAUCAAGAGUUAAUUAUGUAGUUUCCCUGGCAUUUAUGGGACAACUUUAAACCAAUAUUGCCUCCUUUAAUUUUACCCUUUAAGGUGGCUAAUUUACGUUUUCAACUCAGUUAUUAACACUAAAUUACUUCCUUUAAGCUUGUGUGCUGUUUGAUUUCAUUUUCUCAUUAGCUUUUUCAUUGGCUUCUUUAUUUCUCUCCAAACCCUUAGAUGAUUGCCGAGUGAUUCAGUUCGAAGCAGGAACGAAAAACAAGAUCUUAACAAAACACGUCAUAAGAAGUGAACAAGCAAAGGACAAGGAUAUCUGCGAGUUGAAAUGCUACUUUGAACCAAACUGUGUGUCCUAUAACUAUGGUCCGUUGGGAGAUGGAACAUUCACAUGCGAGCUAAGUAACAGAACUCAUUUGCAAGUCUCUCCCAGUUACUUCGAAUAUAGGAACGGCUCUUUGUACACAGCAAUCAUUGUAAGUAAAUAACAAUAUCAGUUUUACCAGGAUGAUCGUUCCGCAAGCGAGAAACCUCUGUUUCAAGUUGAUCCUCCUCGUUUAUUUAUUUACCCACUUUAUUAUUUAUCUAUCUAAAUACUCAGUCUAUUUAUUUACUUAUCUAAGCUUUAUCUAUCUAAUUACUUGAUUCAUCUUUUGCAUUUUAGAAUUCCUGUGAGAGCAAUCCGUGUGUUAGUAACUCUACAUGUCAAGCGGGGUUUGGCAGUCAUGGUUACCGCUGUAUUUGUUCUGAUGGAUAUGAAGGAGAGCUUUGCCAAAUAGGUGAGAAAGGAAACUCCUCGCGAUAGCAGGUCCUCAUCUCCCAGGUCCACAGUUAAAGUUACACAAUAAAGCUGUUAAUAAAGUAGCCUCUCAUCAAGGAGAGUUUUAAAUACUCAUCUGUUUAAUCAUGACUGUCACUUUGCGGCUGAUUGUACAAACACCGCUGGAUCAUUCGACUGCAGCUGUCAGUCUGGACACCUUGGAGAUGGACGGCAUUUUUGCUCAGGUAUAUCUUGAUUUCUGACUAAACACGAAAUCUUAUUUAGGUAACCUACGCUACGCUUUUUCCACCUCUUUACACCAUAUCAACAGAAGAAAGCUACAAGAUUUGAUUUAUCAAUCGCCAAAGUGUUGUUAACCAUUUAAGUGUGGCUUGCAAUUGUGCAAUGCGAGCUAACGCAGCUAACGCUCAUAUCUGUCACAGAUAUUCAAUGAGGCGUCCUUCAGGUCAAGAAAAUUGCAAUUUUCGACACCAUUUACGCGCGGCGAUACUUAUCAAAAUACUAAUCUGACUAAUCUUAUCUGGGCAAUUGCAAAGUGAGAAUUUUUUUCUAACUUCUAUCGACAAGCUCUUUAUUUCGAUCAAACUCUUACUUGACUUGACUUGCUAAUAUCAUUUUUAAAACCUACUAAUGUUCUUAACAGAUAACUGGAAAAAGAUCAACACCGAUCCUGUCUGCUUUGGGACAAAAAAUGACGACUACGGAUCCUUUGAAAUCCAAGAAGCCAGUAAAAUCUACACCAUCAAACUUGUCCAUACAUAUGGCGCCGUAACAUGUGAUACUUACUACAAAUCAACAAGGAGAGGAAGUUCACACCCACGUUUCGGACGUCAUAGACUACUGACGGUGAUAGCUUACCGCAACAAGACUGUUCUUCCACUUGCUGAGUUCGCGAAAGGCAGUGAUGACUAUAGGCACCAACUUAACGAUACUUAUGUCAACUCCCCGACGCUUGUGUUUAACCUGCUCCCCACCCCCCUGGUUGUGUCAAUUGGACAGCAGUUCCUAAUAUGGUAUGGGCAAGACUUGGCUAAUUAUACCGAGUACAAUAAUGCUGGUGAGACAUGCGCAGAUGUUUACGCUUUGUACCCUUAA